CCUCACCUGCUGUGUCAGUCGAGUGUUUUGCGCAUGCGCACGAACUGAGUUAAGGCUUCAGACUUGGAGCUAAAACUCUGUACAGAAGAUGGCAUUUUACAGCGGCCAAUGUGGCCGACUUAACGCACUCCUUUCUCUGCGGAUUGUAAAAGUGUCGUCCAGAGACCAGGCGUGUAAACAUUAUUCCAGGGCGACUCUGGGAGAGCACCAGGUUAAAGAUGCUAAUGCUAAUGCUAAUGCUUACACCAGUGCUGCAGCCUCUAGCGAGCAGGAAUUAACUAUAGCAGGCGGUCGGAGACGGGUUUUAAAGGACGUCUUACCUUUCUCGGCGUUCCUCACAGACACGUUUGGAAGAAGACACAAUUAUCUGCGGAUUUCUCUUACAGAAAAAUGCAACCUUCGCUGUCAGUACUGUAUGCCAGAGGAAGGGGUGAAGCUGAGUCCAAAAGAACAGCUCUUAUCUACAGAGGAGGUGCUUACUCUGGCUCGACUGUUUGUUCGAGAAGGAGUGGAGAAGAUCCGCUUGACUGGAGGAGAACCCCUUAUCCGCCCUGACGUCCUCCAUAUAAUUGCGGAAAUGAAGAAAAUAGAGGGUCUGAAGACCAUCGCUGUAACUACUAAUGGCAUGAACCUCGCCAGGCUGCUGCCCAGUUUAAAGAAAGCUGGAGUCAAUUUGCUCAACGUCAGUCUUGACUCGUUAGUGCCAGCAAAGUUCGAGUUCAUCGUUAGACGCAAAGGUUUCCAUAAGGUGAUGGAAGGUAUUGAUAAAGCCAUCGAAUUGGGCUACAAUCCAGUUAAGGUGAAUUGCGUGGUGAUGAGAGGCCUGAACGAAGACGAGCUCCUGGACUUUGUGACUCUGACCGAGAGGAAGCCUCUCGACGUGCGCUUCAUUGAGUACAUGCCCUUUGAUGGCAAUAAGUGGAACUUCCGCAAGAUGGUGAGUUAUGCAGAGAUGCUGGACCGCAUUAAGCAGCACUGGCCGAGUCUGGAGCCGCUUCCUGGGGACGAGACGGGGACCGCCAAGGCUUUCAGAGUACCAGGAUUUCAGGGGCAGCUGGGUUUCAUCACCUCCAUGUCAGAUCAUUUCUGUGGCUCCUGCAACCGUUUGCGCAUCACAGCCGACGGCAACCUGAAGGUGUGUUUGUUCGGAAACUCAGAGGUGUCUUUGAGAGACUGUCUGCGCUCUGGAGCAUCUGAUGAGGAACUUCUGCAGAUAAUAGGAGCUGCAGUGGGGCGGAAGAAGAAACAACACGCUGGCAUGUUCAGUAUAUCCCAGAUGAAGAACAGGCCAAUGAUCCUCAUUGCUGGAGAAGGCAGCCGGCCAGCUCCGACAUUAAGUGAGCCGCAUAGGCAUCCCGUCCAUACUUACCACACCCCUCUGCCAGGCCGAGCAUCGUCACCCUUUGAGAACCCUUACUACCUACACCACAGUGUCCAAGCUAGAGAGGACUUAAGCAACAGCACUUUUACCAUGAAUGCACCAGCUUCGACAAACUUUGGCAUCUCUCAUGAAAAGGAGACGCCACAAAAUGUUUACCACGUCCAUCAGGGAAGGAGGCAGGUUUUCCCUAAGCAAUUUUGUAUUAAUGAAUCUCCUGACUUUGUGUUUGCUUCCGAUUCUGAAACGCACACAGGCAGUUUUGCACGGCUGAGACACGCACACAGACUUGUUGGCUUUAUCAGGCCCAAUUCGCUGAGAGGCAUCCAGUCUUUCUCCACAUCUCUUCUUAGCACUUUAAUCUCCAAACAGAGAAACACAAUGCAGCCGAAUGUAAGGGAGUGUCACAACCAGAAGGAUGCAUGCGAAACCUUUAGUGUAUCCUGUCACACCCCAAACCAAGAGGAAACAUCUGACACGCUCACCCACACUGACGCGCACGGCAAGGCCUCGAUGGUGAACGUAGGAGAUAAAGCAGUGACGCGUCGAACUGCCACAGCGAGCGCCAGCGUUAUUCUAGGCUCCAAAGCUUUCAGCCUGGUCCGUGCCAACCAGAUUGCUAAGGGUGACGCUUUGGCGGUCGCGCAGCUAGCAGGCUUCAUGGCCGCAAAACAAACAUCUGGUCUCAUUCCUCUUUGCCACCCUGUAUCCCUCGACCACACCGACAUCAGCGUGGAGCUACUGGAAGAAGGGCAUGUGGCUGUUGUCCUGGCAACUUGCCAGGCAACAGGCCGCACCGGAGUGGAGAUGGAGGCUCUGACUGCUGUGUCAGUGGCUGCCCUGGCACUCUAUGACAUGUGUAAGGCAGUCAGUCGUGAUAUAGUUAUUACUGACAUCAGACUUUUGAGGAAGACUGGAGGACAACGGGGUGAUUUCAUCGCACCAGCUAAUACUAAACCACACACAGAUCGUAUGUAGCUACAUCAAGCUGACGUAUUCGCCUGUAGCAAAGCUCUUAAAAUUCUUUAUGGUGCCUUUAGAAUUCUUAAUAUUGUAUUCAUACACUUUUUAGUGUUCAUUGCCUUUGUAGCAGAUAAACUACAUCCUGACUAAAAUUCUUCUGUAUUUUUUGACGAGUGUUCAUGAACUAUAGCGCAGUUUUUUGAAAGGGAACUUAGAGUUGUAUUAGGAUUGACAUAUGAGCAGAAAUGUCACAGUGAUGUAAUCACUACGACAGCGUUAAUGACCUGUGAUGUCAAGGAUCCAAUCAGUGUUCUUGACAAUAUCAGUUUUUGUUGUUUUAUUCUGUGUAGAAAUAUUUUACCUUGCAACAAACAACGUGUUCCACCUCAUCUUGAAGAUGCCCAUUUGGGUGGAAAUACAGGAACUGUGUGAUGUAAGGUUCCUGGACCUGGACAGCAACAAAGUUCAGAUACGUUGUGCCAGUCAGAUGGUCUUCGCAGAGGUCUCCAUAUGUGCCGUUAUCUCAUUUCCCCCCCAUCACACAACCACUAAGGAUAUGAGCUGAAACCAAUCACGAUUGCUCAAAAUUGUCAUCCUUCAUCCAUCAACCAAUUAUACAAGGAACCAGACAGACUUUGUAACUUUUGUAAAAUCUACAGUAGUUCUUUUUUUUACUGACAAACAUCUGCAAACAUCAUGGACUUCAGCUGUCAUUAAGCUGAUUACUGGACAUCAGAGGUGAAGUUAAGUAAAGCCUAGUCCUAACUAUCAUGCCCAGUCAAUAAGGUAUCACAUUGUCAAUUCCCACUUAGUUAAAAUGAAUGAUGAUAAAAAUGUGGGUUUACUUGAGCAAUCAUAGUUAUAGCAAUCAUAGUUCCUCCAUCAUAGUCAUAUUCAUGUUUAGAUUUUAUGAGCGAUGAUUUGAUGCACUGAACAAAGAGAAGAAAAUGUCCUAAACUGUCCUCAAAGACUGCAGCGAAUCUAUGGACGCACGAGUCAAGUCGGAAACCAAAGAAAGCUAUAGAUAAUAUUUAGUUGUUUAUAAAUCUAAGCGUUAUUUUAUCGUUUCUGUAACCGUAGUUACACCACCACAAGUUUGCAUUUGUGUGGUGGCGCAUGAAAAACUUUCACACUGACAUGUUGACACUUUCUAAUAUAUGAAAUUAAAGAAAGAUUUUUUCUGAACUGAAA